ACCUCUUGAGGAAUUCUGACAAACAACUCGGGAAAGGCGUUUGAAUACUUUGGAAAAUCCAGAACAAUUUCCGAUGCUUUAUUGGCAGCUAUGAUAUCAAGCUUUUUUGCUGCUUUGAUCUGAUAUUUUGAUUAGUGAUGGCCAACAACUGUCGCGAUGGACGUGUUCAAGGUGCGUCUGAACUGCAUCGAUCACUACCAAGCCACGCCCACGCAAUAUGACCCCUGUCUCCGAAACGAUGUUCGGCAUUCCCAACUAUUCAAGGAGCCCAAGGUUCCGGUGAUUCGCGUCUUUGGCUCAACCCAGACUGGUCAAAAAGUCUGCGCGCAUAUACAUGGCGCGUUUCCCUAUCUCUUCAUUGAGUAUAAUGGGAAGUUGGAUCAAGAAGAAGUUGGCGCAUUUUCAUACCGACUGCAUCUGUCGAUUGACCAUGCCCUCGCUGUCAGCUAUAGGCAGGAUGCCUAUGCUCGGGACACGCCCAAGUAUGUGGCGCGUAUAACGCUCGUUAAGGGCGUUCCCUUCUAUGGCUUCCAUGUUGGCUACAAGUAUUAUCUCAAGAUUUAUAUGCUCAACCCCGUUGUCAUGACGCGACUGGCCGAUCUGCUGCACCAAGGUGUCAUUAUGAAACGAAAAUUUCAACCAUACGAGGCUCAUUUGCAGUACAUCUUGCAAUUCAUGACCGACUACAACCUUUAUGGCUGCGGGUACAUCGAGGCCAGCAGUGUCAAAUUCCGUGCCCCAGUGCCUCAGAUAGACGACGAUGACAUGGACAGCGUCAUGACUCCCCAUAUCUGGCACAACCAGUCGAUAUCCCAAAAGCAGAUCACAGAUCAUCACUCUCUGCCUAGGGCCAGUCAUUGCCCCAUCGAAGUUGAUAUAUGCGUACAGGACAUCCUCAAUCGUAAAGAUGUCAAGGAACGCAGACUUCAUCAUGAUUUUGUCGAGCGGCUGAACCCCUUACCUACCGAUAUGAAGCUGGUAGCUAGCAUGGCAGGGCUGUGGAGGGACGAAACGAAACGUCGAAAAAGACAGCUGGGCAUCUCCGAUCCGAAAAGCAGUCCAUUUCCUGCUGAGGCGCUUGUCUCCAUGUCGCACGAUCCGCGAGACUCGCAGCCUGCCGGCUGGCUACACGAGGAAGAGUUCCGUGCAGAGAUUGAAGAGCUCAUAACAACCGAGAGAGCCAAUGACGACACAGACAUCACAUUCGACUCGUUUGUGCCAGAACCGCCUCCUCUUGAUUCGGCCAUCAAGACUGUACUUGAGUCUGUCGAGGAUCUCUACCCUCAACACUUGGAGGCAUCCUUGGGGGAGAUGUCGACUAUUUCGGUUGAUUUUGACCCUGCAAGCAGUAUUGACGUUGAUGAGAGAGGUGCGCGCCGGCUAGGCAGACCGGAGACUAUGGACGAAGACCCUUGUCCGGAUGAUUCUGAUGAAGAAAGACUGCGAGAAGCCCAGCGUUUGGAGGAGGCAAAGAAAGAAAAGGCUUUGCAGGACUAUCCCACCACAGCUUCGAUAAACGGACUGGUUGGACUUGAUACCAGUAGUCUGAUUACUGGAAAGCGACCAGAGAUACCCAUAACACAGGAGCUCAUCGAUGCUGCUAUUGAGGAAGAUCUGUUGAGCGAGGUUCCAGCUCCUUUGCAAACGCCAAUCUUGCGAGAGGGAUUGAAGCGACAUGCCCACCCAAAAUAUGAGGAUCAUCCUUCAAAACGACCAAGGAUACGACCAGCUCGCAUAAACAACUUGACAUUUGUCCCCCCUGAGGACGGUCUACGAGCCCGGUAUGAACGCCGUGCUGCGAAUGUGGCCAAAGCCGAAAGCCAACCCCCAUCGUCUUCCCAACGACAGACAGUGGAUGAGGCCGCCCCGUUCCGUACGCCUUUGCCGCGCAAGUCAUCUAUGAUGCACAACUCGGCAUCCAAGUCUGUUAAUCGUAAGCUCAGUUUUGCUGUCGUCAAAGAUCCGAAUGACCCUGAGACAAAGCUUCGAUUGAGCCAAAAUUCCAACUCGCAAGGCAGCGACACAUCUGAAACCCCGAAGCUUCUUUCUUUUGAUUCGUCGUUGCCAGAUCCGGAGGAGGCCUCACCGCAGAAGGAAGAAAACCAAGAAUUCUACCAGGUGGGCCAGUUGCCAAAUCCCUUUGGACCCUCCGACAAGUCUCAGGAACAUGACCACUCAGAAGAUGAAGUCUUUGCACAUACCUCAAUGGUACCUGUUAGCCAUGUUCUCCCCCCGACCGCAGAGGAGGUCUGCGCAACUAUGGCGGACUACGGAAUACCCGAUGUUGUAUACCGGGACGCAUAUUACAGUAAAGAGAAAGAUGUGCCACUUCGUCCAAGAGAGUUUGCUGGGCGUCAAUUUCGGCUCCGGGGUAACACGUUACCAUACCUACCCGAGUUCACUGCUGAUAGGGCUGCACCGGAUGCAUGGGCCGUUCCAGAGGCACGACUACCAGACAAAUCAAAACUUAAAAUUGAGGAGGAGAUACGCCGGAAUAAAUGUACAAUCAAGACAUGGGAAAUUGCACAACCACCUCCGACGUUUGAAGAAGUAUCGGGCUGGUGGGAGGAAAAGGAGAUUAAGAAGAAAGAGUCCGGAUCGAGGCCAAAGAGCCAUCCGGCCUCUCCACAGUCGACACAGUUGGCUCGUCGCCAGCUUUCACAGAUCGAAGGAGCGACGCCCAAGAACAAACAUGGCUUCAGGUACUCGCAGAAGCAAAAGACUACCAGCGUUCAGCAUGAGGUUGCUUACAUGAGCACAAUGAGUAUCGAGAUCCAUGUUAACACCAGGGGAAAACUUGUCCCUGAUCCGGAGAAGGACGAGGUCAAGUGCAUAUUCUGGUGCGUUAGGUCAGAUGAUAAAUCUAACGAGGCUAGCAGCCAGGCUCCUGAUGGUUUACAAUCGGGCGUCGUGGUUCUAUCUGAAGAAGGCACCCUGGCUGAACGCAUCAAGCACCAAAUAAAGGGUGAGCUAUUGGAAGAAACAUCCGAGCUCGACCUCAUGGUUCGUAUGGUUGAGAUUGUUCGAACGCACGACCCAGAUAUCCUGACAGGCUACGAGGUCCAUGGUGGCUCUUGGGGCUAUUUGAUUGAGCGCGCAAGAUGCAUGUACGACUAUAAUCUCUGUGACGAGUUCUCCCGUAUGAAGUCGCAGUCUCAUGGAAGAUAUGGCAAAGACGCAGACCGAUGGGGUUUCAACACUACUUCGACAAUCCGAGUGACGGGUAGACACAUGAUCAACAUCUGGCGUGCGAUGCGAGGAGAGCUCAACCUACUUCAAUAUACAAUGGAAAAUGUCGUCUGGCAUCUGCUACACCGUCGGAUACCACACUACUCGUGGCAGACGCUCACCACGUGGUAUGGUAGUGGACGGCACGGCGAUCUUGAUAAACUACUACGCUACUACCAAACAAGGACGAGGCUUGAUAUUGAGAUCCUUGAGGAGAAUGGGCUGAUCUCGCGAACGAGCGAGCAGGCAAGAUUGCUUGGCGUCGACUUCUUUUCAGUGUUCUCACGUGGAUCACAGUUCAAGGUUGAGUCUAUCAUGUUUCGGAUCGCCAAGCCCGAAAACUUUAUGCUCGUAUCACCGAGUCGAAAGCAGGUUGGCGGGCAAAAUGCAUUAGAGUGUUUGCCGCUGGUGAUGGAGCCACAAAGUGCAUUUUAUAACAGUCCAGUGCUGGUGCUAGACUUCCAGAGUUUGUAUCCCAGCGUCAUGAUUGCCUACAACUACUGCUACUCGACGUUCCUGGGGCGGAUCGUGGAUUGGCGUGGAACCAACAAGAUGGGAUUUGCCGAGUAUAGAAGGCGAAAGCGGCUACUCGAGUUGUUGCAAGAGCACAUCAACAUUGCACCAAACGGCGUCAUGUAUACCAAACCUGAGAUCAGGAAGUCGCUGCUUGCCAAGAUGUUGACAGAGAUUCUGGAAACAAGAGUCAUGGUCAAGAGUGGCAUGAAACAAGACAAAGACGACAAAACCCUCCAGCAAUUGCUAAACAAUAGGCAACUGGCUCUCAAGCUGCUGGCAAACGUCACAUAUGGCUACACGUCUGCGUCAUUCUCGGGCAGGCUUCCGUGUUCGGAGAUUGCCGAUAGCAUUGUACAGACAGGCCGUGAAACUCUGGAGCGAGCCAUUGCCUUCAUUCACUCUGUCCCGAGAUGGGGCGCUGAAGUUGUCUACGGGGACACAGACAGCCUUUUUAUCCACCUCAAGGGUCGCACAAAAGAGCAGGCCUUUGAGAUUGGAAACGAAAUGGCCAAGGCAAUUACUGACAUGAACCCGCGGCCCAUGAAGCUCAAGUUUGAGAAGGUCUACCUACCAUGCGUUUUGCUAGCCAAAAAGCGCUACGUUGGGUACAAGUACGAACACGUCGAUCAACAAGUUCCCGAUUUUGAUGCCAAGGGCAUAGAGACAGUCCGCCGUGACGGGACGCCAGCGGAGCAAAAGAUCGAGGAAAAGGCGCUGCGGCUGCUCUUUGAGACGGCGGACCUAAGCCAAAUCAAGGAGUACUUUCAACGACAAUGCAACAAAAUCAUGCGUGGUCAAGUGUCAAUCCAAGACUUUUGCUUCGCCAAGGAGGUCAAGCUGGGCACAUAUAGCGACCGCAACGGUGUAGGCCCCGCACCGCCUGGCGCGCUCAUUAGCACAAAGAAGAUGCUGGCCGAUCCGCGAGCGGAACCACAAUACGGCGAACGUGUUCUUUAUGUCGUCGUCACAGGCGCCCCUGGCGCGAGGCUUGCCGACAGGUGCGUCCCGCCCGAAGACAUGCUAUCGCCCGCCGGUGCGCACCUACGACUUGAUGCCGACUACUACAUAUCCAAGAACCUGAUUCCGCCGCUGGAGCGCAUCUUCAACUUGGUCGGAGCGCACAUCAGAGGUUGGUACGAUGAGCUUCCCAAAGUGCAGCAGGUAAGGCGCGUCGUGGUCGAUUCUGGGAACGGGCACAACAGCUGGUUCGGGAGCAUCAUGGGGAACAAUGGCGCACAAAAGGCCAAAAAGGUCACGCUUGAAAGCUAUCUGCAAGUGAUGAACUGUGCAGUAUGCAAUGUCCGCAUCCGCCCCGCUACCCAGAAAAAGAAAACGCCGGCACCCCGGCAGCAACUACCACCAGUACAGUACCACCCCCUGUUUGGGUUCGGCCGUUUUGGGCCGCGACCUCCACCUCAACCGGCACCCAAGAAGAAGAAGAAGAAGAACCCUGCAAACGAUGUCGUGGUAUGCGGACGAUGCACGCGCCACGCUCAGGAAUCGCUCCUCAAGCUCCACAGUAGGCUGGCGCACGAGCGCAAGCGGUUUUCCGAGGUGGCAGAUGUGUGUCGGAGCUGUGCCGGCUUGGCACCGGGCGACGUCGCAAGUGUACAUGACUGCGAUAGCAAGGACUGUCCGGUCUUUUACACGCGGGUCAAACAGGCCACGAAGCUUCGAACGGAAAUGAGUAUUGUCGAGCCGGUGAUCAAGCAAUUGGAAGCGAGGGUUGCCAAAAUGAGGAAACAGGCUUGGGAAUGGUAGUUGCUUUUUUUCCUCUCUUUUUGCUUAGUUCAUUGUUUUCUUAUGUGGGAAUUGUGCAUAGCGUAAAGGGUAUACCGUUUUUGUGUUGGGUUUUUUAUACAUCACGGUGUCACACAGGAAAUAAGCAUGGAUAUUUAUUUAUCCAGUCAUUAUUGUAUCAGGCUUAUUACGUAAAGUACAUUAUAUCUUCUUCUUUGUCGUCUCCGAUCUCGGUGUCGUCGAGAUGGACAAAUCGUUUACAAGAUGGACUGAACAACUGGGUACUCGGGAAACUUGGGGUUGUACACGGCCUGACACCUGGCGUUGAACUCGCCAGUCUCGCCCGGGAUCCUCGAAAGCUCAUCGCCGGGCACGCCCAGCUUGACCAAGGGUCCCGACUUGGGCUUC